UGGCUUUGGUGUGGCUGUGUGACGUCAGGCAAGCGCAGCCGGUGCUAGCUGCCGGGGUCCGCGCUCUCAUGGAGGACGAAGACUGCCCGGACCUGGUCCCAAUAGACACCGGCGGCGCGGAGGAGACCGAGUUUGGCCCCAGCAGGAAGAUCCCCGUGACGAUCAUCACAGGGUAUCUAGGAGCUGGGAAAACGACGCUUUUAAAUUACAUACUGACAGAACAGCAUAAUAAAAGAAUAGCAGUUAUUCUGAAUGAGUUUGGAGAAGGAAGUGCCUUGGAGAAAUCCCUGGCAAUCAGUCAAGGAGGAGAACUCUAUGAAGAGUGGCUGGAACUCAGAAAUGGCUGCCUGUGCUGUUCAGUAAAGGACAACGGUGUGAAGGCUAUCGAGAAUCUGAUGCAAAGGAGAGGAAAAUUUGACUACAUAUUGUUAGAAACAACUGGUUUGGCAGAUCCAGGAGCUGUGGCCUCCAUAUUCUGGGUUGAUUGUGAGCUGGGAAGUGACAUCUAUCUUGAUGGUAUUAUAUCUGUUGUUGAUGCAAAGCAUGGAUUGCAGCACUUGACAGAGGAAAAGCCAGAAGGCCUUGUCAAUGAAGCAUCUCGGCAGGUUGCAUUAGCUGAUCUUAUAAUUAUCAAUAAAACAGAUUUGGUUUCAGAGGAAGAAUUGGAUAAAGUCAGAGCAUCUGUCAGGUCAAUAAAUGGACUUGUUAAAAUUCUAGAGACGCAAAGAUCAAGAGUUGAUCUCUCCAAUGUCUUGGACAUGCACGCAUUUGAUAGCUUAUCUGGAUUAAGUUUGCAGAAAAAGCUUGAGCAUGUAAAGACAACACAUGCACAUCUAGAUAAGGGUAUAACUACAGUAACAUUUGAAGUUCCAGGAAAUAUAAGAGAAGAAAACUUAAAUACCUUUAUUCAAAAUCUUCUCUGGGAGAAGAAUAUGAAAGAUAAGGCUGGGUGCACCAUGGAUGUCAUAAGACUGAAGGGACUGGUAUCUAUUCAAGGCAAAUCUCAUCAGGUGAUAGUCCAAGGUGUCCAUGAACUGUAUGAUCUGGAAGAGACCGCAGUAGCCUGGAAAGAAGAUGAAAAAAGAACAAAUAGGCUGGUCCUAAUAGGCAGGAAUUUGGAUAAGGAGACCAUCAAAGAAGUAUUCGUAGCCACCGUAACAGAGAAACAAGGAAGCAGUUGACAUCAGGCUACCAAAACCAAAAAAGAUUAAAAGUUUGUGCUUAACCCUGUACACUUUGUGUGACAGAAGAGACUGAAUGAAAUGCAGUAUAUUAGUUUGUUUCCCCCCUUUCAGUUCACACAACAAUUAAACCUUGAAGUCUUCCUUAGAAUCAUGCCGAAGGUCAGCUCUUACAGUCUGGAAUCAAACACACAGAAUUUUACUGGUUUGGAUUUGCCUUAAGCUAUGUCAGUAACAAAUUGUACCUGUACAGAAAUGCAGACAGGCAAAAGGCUGUUGUUUAUGCUGUAUGUGAAGUAAUACAGUGGCAAUAUGGUUAAGCAUGUUUAACGCCCCAUGCUUUUUCCAGCUGUUUUACUACUGUGUAUGAAAAACAGUGAUUAUGACCAAUGAUGUAAUUGCAU